AUGCAAAGAAGAACUCUGCUAGAGAAGAAGCUCGGCUAUGUAGAGAAGAAGGUCGACCCUGAGACACUACAUCCAAAACCCGUCCAACUUUCUUCUUCCUCUGCAUCUCCAUUGCCACUGCUUGACGCUCCUCCCUGCCACUACUCGCCGCUGCUCGUCGCGCCUCCCCCGUCGCUUCUCGUCGUGCCUCCCCCGUCGCUGCUCGUCGCGCCUCCUCCGCCGCUGCUCGUCGCGCCUCCCCCGCCGCUGCUCGUCGCCCCUCCCCCGCCGCUGCUCGUCGGCGCUCCCCCUUCCUCUGUCGUGUUCUCCACCACUGCUCGCGUUCUCCACCACUGCUCCCCUCCCUUGCUGCGCCUCCACCACCACUCAUUCACUCAUUUCUCGCCGCGCCUCCACUACCCUUGCUGUCGUGCCACCACCGCCCACCGCCCACCGCCCUUUGCCUACCCUUCCUUUCAGCCCCCUUCUUUUCGAGCCCCUUCUCUUAAAGCUCUAGGGUUUUCUGAAUUUGAUUCGGACACUGCAUCCAUCGGCACUGGUUCCAUCGUCACUUCCCCACCGCUCUCGCUGCUUCCUACCAAUCUGGAGCAUCUUCUGGGAUUGACUCAUUUGGAUGAGAUAUUGCGAGAAGCUGAUGGUAUCAUCCUCUGUAGUGAUGCAAUAGUUCUAGGGGCAGACACUUUGCGGGGAUUAUAUCUUGUGGAGACUAUUUCCACUGUUGGAAAAAUUUGUGCCGAAGUCGAGCUCUCCAUCCAAGCUGAUCUCUCCCUUCAGGCCGAGCUUUCCCUCUGUGACGAGUUCUUCCCCUACGCCGAUCGCUUCCUCGAGACUGAGCUCUCCCUCUAG